AUCGUGUUCUAAGAUGCAUUGAUUCAAAUUCUAUUAAAACUAACAACUUGAUGAUAAUGUAACUUUUAAACAUGACUUUAUUUAGUGAAUUUAAAUAAAAUUGUAAUUUUAUUGGCUUGGUUAGGUGAGAAAUUUUGAUAUACUUCUGGAAAAUUCUCUGAGCACUUCAUACUGUAAACUUCAUCGCUUGAGGUCGCGACAGAUUUUAGUGUAGAAUGGCCAUGCUUACUAUUCUCCUUCUAAGCAAACUACUUUCUCUCUUCUCUAAAUUUGCAGUCGCAACAGAUACCAUCACCCAGUCUGAGUUCCUUGAAGAUAACACGACCUUGGUUUCAAACAAUGGAACCUUUGAGUUGGGUUUCUUUACCCCGGGUAGUAGUAGUUCCCCGAACCGCUAUGUAGGAAUCUGGUACAAAAAUAUUCCAAUCAGAACCGUGGUUUGGGUUGCAAACCGCGACAAUCCAAUCAAAGACAACUCCAGCAAAUUGAGCAUAAACACACAGGGCAACCUGGUACUUGUCAACCAAAACAACACCGUUAUUUGGUCAACAAACACGACAGCAAAAGCAUCCCUUGUCGUAGCACAGUUGUUAGACUCAGGCAACUUGGUUCUAAGAGACGAGAAAGACACGAAUCCUGAAAACUACUUGUGGCAGAGCUUUGACUAUCCCUCAGACACGUUUCUACCUGGAAUGAAAUUGGGAUGGGACUUGAAGAAAGGCCUCAAUUGGUUCCUAACUGCUUGGAAAAACUGGGAUGACCCUUCACCAGGGGACUUCACACGGUCUACUUUACAUACCAAUAAUCCUGAAGAGGUUAUGUGGAAGGGCACAACACAAUACUACAGAAGUGGCCCAUGGGAUGGAAUUGGAUUCAGCGGUAUCCCCUCUGUGUCAUCUGACUCAAAUACAAACUACACAAUUGUGUCCAACAAGGAUGAAUUUUACAUUACAUAUAGCUUGAUCGAUAAGUCGUUGAUUUCAAGAGUUGUUAUGAAUCAAACACGAUAUGCUCGUCAGCGCUUGGCAUGGAAUAUAGAUAGUCAAACGUGGAGGGUGUCUUCAGAGUUGCCAACCGAUUUCUGCGACCAGUAUAAUAUUUGUGGCGCAUUUGGGAUUUGUGUCAUUGGUCAGGCACCGGCGUGCAAGUGUUUAGAUGGAUUCAAGCCAAAAUCGCCCCGAAAUUGGACCCAAAUGAGUUGGAAUCAGGGGUGUGUGCACAACCAAACAUGGAGCUGCAGGAAAAAGGGCAGGGAUGGCUUUAACAAAUUCAGUAACGUGAAGGUACCAGACACUAGAAGAUCGUGGGUUAAUGCAAAUAUGACACUUGAUGAGUGCAAAAACAAAUGUUGGGAAAAUUGCUCAUGUACAGCUUAUGCAAAUUCAGACAUCAAGGGAGGAGGUAGUGGCUGUGCCAUUUGGUUCAGUGAUUUGUUAGAUAUAAGACUGAUGCCAAAUGCUGGGCAAGAUCUGUAUAUUAGAUUGGCAAUGUCUGAAACAGCUCAACAAUAUCAAGAGGCCAAACAUAGUUCAAAGAAAAAGGUGGUUGUGAUUGCAAGCACGGUCUCCUCUGUAAUUGCUAUACUAUUAAUUUUCAUAUUCAUUUACUGGAGCUACAAAAAUAAAAAUAAAGAGAUCAUCACUGGAAUCGAAGGAAAGAACAAUAAAAGCCAACAAGAAGAUUUUGAGCUACCUUUAUUUGACCUUGCCUCAAUAGCACAUGCCACAAAUAACUUCUCAAAUGACAAUAAGCUUGGUGAAGGUGGUUUUGGGCCUGUAUACAAGGGAAUACUACCAUAUGGACAAGAGGUUGCUGUUAAGAGGCUUUCCGAAACAUCUAGACAAGGAUUAAAAGAAUUUAAGAAUGAGGUUAUGUUAUGUGCCGAACUCCAACAUCGGAAUCUUGUUAAAGUACUUGGCUGCUGCAUUCAAGACGAUGAGAAAUUGCUCAUAUACGAAUAUAUGGCCAACAAAAGCUUAGACGUCUUUCUUUUUGAUUCUAGUCAAGGUAAACUGCUUGAUUGGCCUAAGCGUUUCUGCAUUAUAAAUGGAAUUGCUCGGGGACUACUUUAUCUUCAUCAAGACUCAAGACUAAGGAUCAUACACAGAGAUCUUAAGGCAAGUAAUGUUUUAUUGGAUAAUGAAAUGAAUCCAAAAAUUUCAGAUUUUGGCUUGGCUCGAAUGUGUGGAGGUGAUCAAAUUGAAGGGAAAACAAGCAGAGUAGUUGGUACAUAUGGUUAUAUGGCACCUGAAUAUGCCUUUGAUGGAAUAUUUUCCAUUAAAUCCGAUGUGUUUAGCUUUGGUGUAUUAUUGCUAGAGAUAGUAAGUGGCAAGAAAAAUAGGCUCUUCUCUCCAAACGACUACAACAAUCUUAUUGGGCAUGCAUGGAGGCUGUCGAAAGAGGGAAAACCAAUGCAAUUCAUUGACACUAGUUUGAAGGACUCAUACAAUCUACAUGAGGCGUUGCGUUGCAUUCAUAUUGGUCUCUUAUGUGUGCAACAUCAUCCUAACGAUAGACCAAACAUGGCAUCUGUGGUUGUAUCAUUGAGCAACGAGAAUGCAUUGCCUCUACCAAAGAAUCCAAGCUACCAACUCAAUGACAUACCAACUGAAAGAGAAUCUUCUUCUAAUACAUCCCUUUCUGUUAAUGAUGUCACUACCUCAAUGUUGAGUGGGAGAAGCCUUUUAAGGUUCCAUGUCUAUCAACUCGAUCUGAUUUUGAUCAUGAGGAGACUCCUACCCCUCCCCCCCGCUCCUCCUUUUAUCGACCCCAUCCAGCAACCUUCUAGCCCAUUUCACAUUCAUCCCAGUGAAAGCCCUACCUCUGUUAUUUUUACCCCACCACUUACAGGGAACAACAACCAAUCAUGGUCUAGAUCCAUUCGGAUGGCCUUGAUAUCCAAAAAUAAAAUGGGCUUCCUUACUGGAACAAUCUCCAUUUCGGCUAGAACUAACCCUCUAUUUCCUUAUUGGGAGUGUUGCAAUACGCUUCUUAUGUCUUGGUUGAUUCAUUUUGUUUCUCCCUCUAUUGCCCAAAGUAUCAUUUUCUUCGAAAAUGCUGCUGCCAUUUGGACUGAUCUUCGCGAAAGGUUCUCUCAAGGCGACUUGUUGCGUUUUGCCGAGUUACAAGAAGAGAUUUACUCUCUCAAGCAAGGUUCUACUUCUGUCACCGACUACUACACUACUCUCAAAUCUUUGUGGGAGGAAUUAGACAAUUUCCGUCCUUUGACUCCUUGCACUUGCUCAGCCAAAGAUUUUCAUCAUCAGGAUUUCAUUAUCCGAUUUCUCAAAGGACUCAAUGAGCGCUUCGCCAUGGUCCGAUCACAGAUUCUGCUUCUUGAUCCCCUACCUUCUGCCAACAAGGUUUUCUCCAUGAUUAUUCAGCAUGAACAACAUCAUUCCACCAAUAUCUCACCAUCGCUCGAUGUUAACCUGUUUGCCAACGUCGUCUCUAGUCGAAGCCGUGGCAUUCCACAGUCAGGGGGAGGCAAAUCGAACUCUUCCAACCGCAAAUGUGACCACUGUGGUCGCCUUGGCCACACCAGCGAUGCUUGCUAUCAGAAACAAGGAAACACCAUUCCUAAAUGUGAACAUUGUACGCGAUACGGUCACACCAUGGAUAUAUGCUACGCCAGAUUUGGAUAUCCACCUGGCCACCCAAAAUACUCGAGCCGACCUCACCUUCCCAACAAGACUGGAACUUUCGGAGGUGGCGCCGCUGGUGGUGCCGCUGUCAACAACACUACAAGAGAAGGAAAUCAAACACUACAUGGAGAAGCACAUAAGGAUUGGACCCCUCCUCGUGUUCGUCCCAUUGGCUGCAAAUGGGUCUACAAAAUCAAGAGAUUGCCUGAUGGCAGCAUUGAACGACACAAAGCCUGUCUCGUUGCAAAGGGGUUUUCACAAAUUGAAGGUGUGGAUUACUUCGAAACCUUUUCUCCUGUGGUCAAAAUGUCCACCAUUCGUGUGGUGCUUGCUCUAGCUUCAAUUAACCACUGGACCAUUCAACAAUUAGAUAGCUGCAAACUUCGGAAAUCCUUGUAUGGCUUGAAACGGGCAAGCCGAAAAUGGUAUGAGAAAUUAUCCUCCCUUCUCUUAACUUAUGGAUAUCGACAUGCUCAUGCUGAUCAUAGCCUUUUCAUUAAGAAUCAUCAUUUUGAAUUCACUGCCCUCAUUAUAUAUGUUGAUGACAUUGUUUUAACUGGUAAUUCUCCUUGUGAAAUCACCAACAUCAAGAAGAUUUUGCAUUCUAAUUUUCACAUCAAGGAUCUCGGCACAUUGAAGUAUUUUUUGGGCAUCGAAGUGGCCCAUUCAAGCCAAGGGAUUUCACUAUGUCAAAGAAAAUAUUGUCUUGACCUUCUCAAGGAUUCUGGGAUGCUUGGUUGCAAGCCCUCUUCUACACCUAUGGAUAGCACUCUUCGACUCCAUGCUGAUUCCUCUAGCCUCCUUCCUAAUCCGCUGCCAUAUAGAAGACUAGUUGGUCGCUUGAUUUACCUUACUAGCACUAGGCCUGACAUAGCCUUUGCUAUGCAACAAUUGAGCCAAUUUAUGUCCAAACCCACUAAAGCUCAUCACCAUGCAGCUAUCAAAGUUCUUCGCUACCUUAAAAGUUGUCCCGGCAAAGGCUUACUCUUUCCCAGAAAUUGUAAUACCCAAAUCCGUGGUUUUAGUGAUGCCGAUUGGACAAAGAAACAGAACACAGUCUCACGUUCCUCUUCCAAAGCUGAAUAUCGCGCUCUAGCUUCUGCAACCUGUGAACUGCAGUGGCUAACUUUUCUUCUUAGAGAUUUGCAAGUUCCUUGCUCACCUCAACCUAGCCUCUACUGUGACAACCAAAGCGCUCUUCACAUAGCUGCCAACCUUGUUUUUCAUGAACGGACGAAGCACUUGGAUAUUGAUUAUCAUCUAGUUAGAGAGAAAUCCCAGAUUGGUCUUAUGCGGCUGCUUCCUUGUAGAAUGGCCAUGCUUACUAUUCUCCUUCUAAGCAAACUACUUUCUCUCUUCUCUAAAUUUGCAGUCGCAACAGAUACCAUCACCCAGUCUGAGUUCCUUGAAGAUAACACGACCUUGGUUUCAAACAAUGGAACCUUUGAGUUGGGUUUCUUCACCCCGGGUAGUAGUAGUUCCCCGAACCUCUAUGUAGGAAUCUGGUACAAAAAUAUUCCAAUCAGAACCGUGGUUUGGGUUGCGAACCGCGACAAUCCAAUCAACGACAACUCCAGCAAAUUGAGCAUAAACACAAAGGGCAACCUGGUACUUACCAACCAAAACAACACCGUUAUUUGGUCAACAAACACGACAACAAAAGCAUCCCUUGUCGUAGCACAGUUGUUAGACUCAGGCAACUUGGUUCUAAGAGACGAGAAAGACACGAAUCCUGAAAACUACUUGUGGCAGAGCUUUGACUAUCCCUCAGACACGUUUCUACCUGGAAUGAAAUUGGGAUGGAACUUGAAGAAAGGCCUCAAUAGGGUCCUAACUGCUUGGAAAAACUGGGAUGACCCUUCACCAGGGGACUUCACACUGUCUAUUUUACAUACCAAUAAUCCUGAAGAGGUUAUGUGGAAGGGCACAACACAAUACUACGGAAGUGGCCCAUGGGAUGGAACUGUAUUCAGCGGUAGCCCCUCCGUGUCAUCUGACUCAAAUGUAAACUACGCAAUUGUGUCCAACAAGGAUGAAUUUUACAUUACAUAUAGCCUAAUUGAUAAGUCGUUGAUUUCAAGAGUUGUUAUUAAUCAAACAAAAUAUGUUCGUCAGCGCUUGUUGUGGAAUAUAGAUAGUCAAACGUGGAGGGUGUCUUCAGAGUUGCCAACCGAUUUCUGCGACCAGUAUAAUACUUGUGGCGCAUUUGGGAUUUGUGUCAUUGGUCAGGUACCGGCGUGCAAGUGUUUGGAUGGAUUCAAGCCAAAAUCGCCCCGAAAUUGGACCCAAAUGAGUUGGAAUCAGGGGUGUGUGCACAACCAAACAUGGAGCUGCAGGAAAAAGGGCAGGGAUGGCUUUAAUAAAUUCAAUAGCGUGAAGGCACCAGACACUAGAAGAUCGUGGGUUAAUGCAAGUAUGACACUAGAUGAGUGCAAAAACAAAUGUUGGGAAAAUUGCUCAUGUACAGCUUAUGCAAAUUCAGACAUCAAGGGAGGAGGUAGUGGCUGUGCCAUUUGGUUCAGUGAUCUGUUAAAUAUAAGACUGAUGCCAAAUGCUGGACAAGAUCUGUAUAUUAGAUUGGCAGUGUCUGAAACAGCUCAACAAAAUCAAGACGAGAAACAUAGCUCAAAGAAAAAGGUGGUUGUGAUUGCAAGCACGGUCUCCUCUGUAAUUGCUAUACUAUUAAUUUUCAUAUUCAUUUACUGGAGCUACAAAAAUAAAAAUAAAGAGAUCAUCACCGGGAUCGAAGGAAAGAACAAUAAAAGCCAACAAGAAGAUUUUGAGCUACCUUUAUUUGACCUUGCCUCAAUAGCACAUGCCACAAAUAAUUUUUCAGAUGACAAUAAGCUUGGUGAGGGUGGUUUUGGGCCUGUAUACAAGGGAAUACUACCAGAUGGACAAGAGGUUGCUGUUAAGAGGCUUUCACGAACAUCUAGACAAGGAUUAAAAGAAUUUAAGAAUGAGGUUAUGUUAUGUGCCGAACUCCAACAUCGGAAUCUUGUUAAAGUUCUUGGCUGCUGCAUUCAAGACGAUGAGAAAUUGCUCAUAUACGAAUAUAUGGCCAACAAAAGCUUAGACGUCUUUCUUUUUGAUUCUAGUCAAGGUAAACUGCUUGAUUGGCCUAAGCGUUUCUGCAUUAUAAAUGGAAUUGCUCGGGGACUACUUUAUCUUCAUCAAGACUCAAGACUAAGGAUCAUACACAGAGAUCUUAAGGCAAGUAAUGUUUUAUUGGAUAAUGAAAUGAAUCCAAAAAUUUCAGAUUUUGGCUUGGCUCGAAUGUGUGGAGGUGAUCAAAUUGAAGGGAAAACAAACAGAGUAGUUGGUACAUAUGGUUAUAUGGCACCUGAAUAUGCCUUUGAUGGGAUAUUUUCCAUUAAAUCCGAUGUGUUUAGCUUUGGUGUAUUAUUGCUAGAGAUAGUUAGUGGCAAGAAAAAUAGGCUCUUCUAUCCAAACGACUACAACAAUCUUAUUGGGCAUGCAUGGAGGCUGUGGAAAGAGGGAAAUCCAAUGCAAUUCAUUGACACUAGUUUGAAGGACUCAUACAAUCUACAUGAGGCGUUGCGUUGCAUUCAUAUUGGUCUCUUAUGUGUGCAACAUCAUCCUAACGAUAGAUCAAACAUGGCAUCUGUGGUUGUAUCAUUGAGCAAUGAGAAUGCAUUGCCUCUACCAAAAAAUCCUAGCUACUUACUCAAUGACAUACCAACUGAAAGAGAAUCUUCUUCUAAUACAUCCUUUUCUGUUAAUGAUGUCACUACCUCAAUGUUGAGUGGGAGAUAGAUAAAUUAACGAGCUUUAUUUCCUACCUACAUAUUGAAUUAUAUAUUUAUCGUCCUAAUAAUUUUUGUAUCCAUGUUUGGUCGUAGUUGAUAUAAAA